AGUGUUUUAUUCGUUAUUGUCGGUUUAAUACGAUUACUUAUUGGGUUUUGUAUCUUGCAGUCACCAAAAAAUGGAGAACGACGCCGGAGAAUUCGUUGACUUGUACUGCCCAAGGAAGUGCUCGUCCAGCAACCGAAUCAUCCACGCCAAGGAUCAUGCCUCCAUCCAGAUCAACAUCGUCGAUGUGAACCCGGCGACUGGCCGUAUGCUGGAAACCUCCAAGGUGUACGCCAUCUGCGGUGAGAUCCGUCGUAUGGGAGAGUCGGACGAUUGCAUCGUUCGCCUUGCCAAGAAGGAUGGGCUUUUGACUAAGAACUAUUAAUUUCAA